AUGGAACUUGAUAAUAAAUUAAAGGGAGAAGCUCUAUUAGCUAUGCAUCAUGUUGAUUCCAAACAGGAAAUUCAUGACCUUAUAUCUGAAGCCAAUAGAACUAUUUUUGUGAGUGGUCAUCGACAAGACACCCCACCAAUAAUUUCAAAGGCACUGACACAAACAGAUAGUCAGCCUGGAGAAGAUAAGUCAGAGGAAGUAAAAGUAGAUAAUGUUGAUCCCAAGUCAGACAUUCUAUUCAUAAUGAAUGUUGCCACUCGGGAUUUUAAUAUUGUAAUGGACAAGGAAAUAGCUGAAGUUAGGAAAUCUGAAUCCAUCCCUGAUGAUACUCAACUUAACACUGAAAUACUAGUAGAAGCAGAAGCAGAAACUAGAACAGAAAUAGGGCAUGAACAGAAUAUAUCUGAACCGGUAGAUAGUAAGAUAGAAAGUAAGGUUGAAUGUAAGGUUGAGGACAAGACAGAAGAAGUGGUCAAGGUUGAUGAAAAUACUUCUAAAGACUCGGGUAUACAAGCAAGAUAUGAAUCUGAUGAGUCGGCAAGCAAAGAAGAGGGGAAGAGAAGAGAAGAAGAUAAGCAAAAAGAAACUCAGGUUGCUCUGGCAACUGUAUCUAAAACCCUAAGAAGAAAGAGAAAGGUGAGGAAGGAAGCUAAACAACUUGCAAAGCAAAUGGGCAUAACAAGAGAAAAUGUACAGAGGGCCCGAGAGAAAAAAAUAUUGAAGGAGGAAGACAUGGUGAAGCAACAAGAUAAGUCAGUUCCCACUCCUCCCAAGCAAGCUAAGGCCAAGCUGAGAAAGUUUGCACCUACCUCCAAUGUACAGAAGGUAGUUCCUCCACCUAAAUCUCAAUCAACAACAACCAAUGGGGCAGAAAAGAGAAAGGAGAAGCCGAUGAGAAAGCCUAGAACUCAAGGUGAGCCAUUUGGUAAAGCAAGACCAAGCAAGAAGCAGAAAUCAGAAAUAGAUAAAGCUCUCAAGUCGAGUAAGCUUGAAGGUCCUUACACUAUUGUGCCUCUGUUACAAAAGAUUAUAGACACUAUAGUAAAAGAAGGUAAUUUGACAAACCUUUCUAUAUAUUAUGAGAAUUCUAAUGAAAAAUAUUGGAGAGCUAUUGAGGAAGCAGUUGUACAUUAUAUGAACUCUUUUAGUAAAGCAUUGAUUGAACGGUCAUCCAUGAUCCCAAAAGAGUUAUAUGAUAGUUUAGAUGCCCAAAGACACAUAGCUAGUUUAGAAGAUGAAAGGUUAAAAGAAUAUACCUUAGUAAAGUUUUGUCUUGAUGUAACAAAAGAUGAAAUACAAAGAAUUUUGGUACUUGCUAAGGAAAACUUCCAAAGUAGACACAGAGUAAAUAAAAUAAUAUUUGGAAGAAUCGACAAAGUAGUUAAAGAUACAAAGGGUAUUCUAAAGAAAAUUUUGAAAGAAAAUGACUAUCAGGUCAAUCCGAAGAAGGAUGACUCCCAACCGAAAGGACAAUCAAGAAAAGAUACUUCUCCUCUGUUGGUGAAAGACUCUCUUAUUAUUGAAGUGUACUCAGAGGAAGCAGCCAAGGAGAUUGCUGAUGAGAAGAGGGCAGAUGAGAAAGCUACAAAAGAAGUUGAUGUAGCAAAGAGUGACACAAAUGCUAGUGUUGUUGCUGAGAAAGAUAAAGGGGAAGAAAAGGAUAAAAAUGCAUCGGUGAUCAUGGCAAGAGCCACUAUUCAUGAUAAAGAGAAGUAG